GUUAAUGAUAGUUUUGAUCCUCAUGAUGUAAGAGGAUCAGCAAGUGUCAACUUACUUGGUGGACUGCGUAAUGGCAACUUCUGAUCCACCAGGAACAAGAUCAUUUGAUAUAAGAGUUGAUCAGGUAACUAUUCCUAGUACUGAUACAACAUACUGGUGCAAAGGAUUUGAAUUACCACAAGAAAUACAAGACACUAGGAAAUAUAUAAUAAGAUUUUCACCUAAUGUGACUGAAGGCACUACAGCUCAUGUUCACCACAUGGUAGUGUAUCUCUGCAGCUCUUUGAAUAUCUCUAAUGCUAAUGCUAAUGGUGGAGUCUGCAGAGAUGUCCUUGAUAGCCUUGAUUGUAGCAAUGCUACAGCAAUUACUGCUUGGGGUAUUGGAGGAGAAGAUUUUGUGUAUCCUUCCAAUGUUGCUUAUCCCAUUGGAGGUGACCAGUAUCGAUACGCAUACAUUGAGAUGCACUAUGAUAAUCCAAACAGACUAUCAGGGGUGAUUGAUAGUUCCGGUAUGACAUUCUUUUACAUUGAUACACCAAGGGAGCAUGACUCUGGCGUACUUGCAGUUGGAAAUGCAGUGUUCCACUACAUGAUAAUCCCUCCUAAAGCAAAGAAUUACACUAUUUACAGUUUCUGUCCAACUGAUUGCACUGCAUUAUUUCCUCAAGAUGGAAUUCAUGUGUUUGCUAAUUUCCUUCACACUCAUUUGCUUGGUGUAAGCAUUACUCUACAUCAUCUGAGAGCUAGCAAUCAGUGCAGAUCAGGCAGUGGCAUUGAAGAGCUUAAACCAAUUGACUCCAAUCUUUUCUAUGAUUUCAACUUUCAGGAGAUAGUGCAUAUUAAUGAAGUUGUCAUUAGACCAGGUGAUGGAAUUAUGCUGACCUGCACAUACAAUAGUGAAAAUCGAGACACAAUAACAUUUGGAGGUCAGAGCACUUAUGAGGAAAUGUGUCUAUCAUUUCUGAACUAUUAUCCAAGGAUGGGAAUCACUGAUUGUUAUAGUUCGGCACACCCACCAAGUUUUGUAGAAUAUUUAUCAAGACACUACAAUCAAAGUGAAAUUGCUGAAUUUGUCAGUAAUCCAUCAAAGUCUAAAUUUGAUGAGAUAUUUAAUAAUAUCACUUGGACGCACGAGGAAACUGAAGUCUUAGAGAACUCAAUCUCGACUGGCUCUCAUUAUUCUUAUUACUUGGGGCCUUCAGUGAAUGAAGUGAGAAUACAAGAUGUGCCAUCCAUUGGUUGUCCUUAUGAAGCACCUCCUGUAAUGCUGGAGUGUCCUGACUCUGUUGAUCCUACCAGUGGUGCUGUGUCAUUGAUUACUCUCUCAGUCACAGUGCUGCUCUUUGCUAUGAUUGCUAUCAUCCUCAUUAAUUAACUCUUUCUCCUACUCCAUUUUUUGCUGCUUUUUGUUUUAGAUUAUCGAACAGGGAUUGGACUUUUCUGCCCUUUUCAAUAUUAAUGCCCUUUUCAUUUAUUUGUGCCCCUUUUCAUCUGCUGCAUUAGUCCUCAAUUAUGAUAAUAA